AUGUUGCUCAGUUGUAUUUUUAAAGCCAACGAGGCAAUAGCUGAAGAUUGGUCUCCGACAAUGAAGCCUCAACAGUUCAUAGUUUUAGCUCUGCUCACUGUUUUUAGCUGCAAUGUGAGUGGAGAUUACUAUACAUCCGUCAUAAGUCUAUUCGAUCUGCUGGAGUUAGAAAUGAAAGCGAUUACAUAUCUGGAAGCAUAUAUGGAGAAAAUGGAGGCAAUUAGUCGACAAGUCAAUGAAACACUAAAUGAGUUGGAGCAGGUUUCGCAAGAGGCUGAAGAUGACUUCUAUGAACACUACUCCAAUCCACUGAAUGCGUAUAAGAUUAUUCGUCGCUUUGUGAUCGAUUGGCAGAACUUAAACAAGACUGUGCUUGCGGAGCAACCCGCACUAGAAUAUAUUGCAAAUAUCACUGCACUGGAAAAGAAGGACGGUUUUAAGCUUCCCACCGAUGAAGAUUUGUUGGGUGCCAGCAAAGGUUUGGCGCGUUUACAGCGCACCUACCAGCAAGAAACCAUUGAUGUGGCUGCGGGCGACCUAAUGGAAAUGAACUUGUCUUCUAAUUUUACGGCGAGCGAGUGCUUUUGGCUAGGCCGCAACUUGUAUUCAGCAGGAGAGCUAAAGUACGCAGCCGAGUGGCUUAUACAGGCGCGCAUACGUUUGGCCGAGGAAAUACAAGAGUCUUAUGAACCGCAGGAGUUUAUAGGACAGAUCAGCGACGUGCAGAUACUGGAGCAGCUGUCGAUUACCAUGUUUUACUUAGGUAAGAGCAAGCUGGCUUUGCUUUUCAAUGAAGAACUCUUGGCUCAAGAUCCCAACAAUGUGCAUGGUUUGCGCAAUAGGUCGAUCUACUCUAAUAAGGCACUUGAGGAGCGUUAUGCCAUCUCAAAUGAGGACGAGUCUAAAAAAUAUCUGCGGCGCACCGAACUCGACGUGCUCUUCGACAAGACAUGCAAUGGUGAGCUGCAACAAACACCGCGCGAAAAACGUCGUCUACGCUGCCGUUAUGUGCACAACAAUGUGCCCUUCCGUUUUAUAGCGCCCUUCAAGAAGGAGGAGCUGAACCUCGAUCCAUCAAUUGCAUACUACCAUGAAAGCAUAUUUGAGAAAGAAAUCGAACGAAUAUUAAAUGCAACCGAAGACUAUGUGGAGCGAUCAAUGGUCGGCGAUCUAGAAAACUCAACUUACUCUGACGUGCGUACAAGUCAAAAUACUUGGCUCGAUUUUAAGGUACACCCAUUUUUGAAUAACAUCGCGCAACGCUUAAGAGAUGCAACGGGUCUGUCUUUGGAAUCCGGCGAGCAUUUACAAGUAGCCAAUUAUGGCAUAGGAGGUCAUUACGGCGCUCACUAUGACUUCUCGGAGAUGUUAGAAACAGAUGAGUAUGGGGGUCAAGGAAAUCGCAUAGCAACCGCAUUAUUUUAUAUCAACGAUGUGGAACUGGGUGGUGCCACCGCCUUCCCCUAUCUGCGCUUAACUGCGCCCCCCGUUAGGGGCAGCAUGAUCGUUUGGUACAAUUUACACAAGUCGCUGGAACUGGAUUAUCGCACGAAACAUGGCGGUUGUCCGGUGUUGGUGGGCUCAAAGUGGAUCUGCAACGAGUGGUUCCACGCAACUGGACAGGAGUUUCUCCGGCCUUGCGGUAAAAAGAAGGAUGGUCAUAAAUCGAUACAAUGGAAGGAUUUGUACAGAAACGAAGAGCUGAGCAUAGCAUAA